CGUUGGACUCCGCAUCUUAUUAGUAACCAGGGAGAUUUCUCCAUUUUCUGUGCUUUCUACAGUGUCAAGGCACAAAUCUGAUACAUUUUUGUAAAAUUUAAACAAUUCAAGUUGUUUUUAUAACAUCGGUCUUUGUCUUAAUAUUGGAUUUGCUCACCGCAUGUAUUUUUAAUUCAGCACUUCAUAGUAAGGAGCCGGUGGCUUGUUGCUCUUUGUUCUGUAUUGGGAUCUGUUGAGCUCUUUGUUGGAGGGCAAGUAUGGGAGCGCAAUUCUCAAAAACAGCUGGGAAAGAAGGAACAGCUGCCGAAAAACCAGGAGAGGCUGCAGUUUCACCAUCCAAAGCCAACGGACAGGAAAAUGGCCACCUGAAAGUGAAUGGCGAUGCAUCUCCAGCAGUUGCUGAGCAGAAAGAAGAGGUCCAGACCAACGGCACCGCAACAGCAGAGGAUGGAGAGAAGGACGAGGAAGCUCCCGAUGAAAAGGUGGCCACAGAUGUAGUCAAGGCAAACACAGAAGUGAUUGCACCGACUGAAGAGGAGGCUGCAAAAGCUGAGAAUGGAGCAACUCCUUCAACGAGCAACGAGACUCCGAAGAAGAAAAAGAAGCGCUUUUCGUUUAAGAAAUCUUUCAAACUGAGUGGCUUCUCUUUUAAGAAAACCAAGAAGGAGACGGGAGAUAAUGGUGAGGAGGCAGUAGAGGCAGGCAGCGAUGAAGCCAAGACUGAUGGAGCUGUUGAAGGUGUGUCAGAAGAGAAGGCCCAAACCGCAGAGGAGGCGGCCAAACCAGAGCAGAAUCCAGAGGAGUCCAAGGCUACCAGUCCAGCUACUGAGGACUCAAAAAAGGAGGAGAAAGCAGCUGAGCCAGCAGUGGUGACAGAGACCAGUCCUCAGAAUGAAGCAGCUGCGGCAGAAGAAUCUGCUCCCUCUGUACAAGAAGCAGAAAGCAGUCCAGAGGCUCAAGCAGAAGCUGCUACAGAGUAAUUUUGUGCAGAUGAAAAAAACAGAGAGGCGAUAAAAGAAAGGAAAAUCGAAGAAUUAUUCCCUGUUGUACAGUGGAGCGGUGCCAGGGUAUGAAAUAUAUGAGAACUUGUCUCUAACAAGGAAUAUUUUAAAUGUCUUCUUUUGUAUAGCAAUCUCUAUAAAUCUCACUUUGCUCAUGUUGUUUUUCAUAGAGCUGUGAAAUGGGUGGUGAAGUACAGAAAAAGAUACAUUUAUCUGCCCUAUAUAUUUUUUUUUUUGAAGCAGUAUUAACUGGAUUUGUUUUUAUUUUUGCAUUUUUAUACAAACAAAAUGCAUUGAAAAUGUAUGGACUUGGCUUUGGAUUAAAGACAGUUGGUUGAGUGGCCAAAAGUUUUUUUUUUUUUUAUCUUUAAACCACACAGUAAAAUCCUCUGAGAAAAAAUGUACUCAGUUCAGAGAAUAUUUGGAACCCUCUCUAAAUUGAGGAAAAGUAAAGCUGCGGUCACACUAGAGCAGGGGUCACCAAUCACGGUCCUGGAGGGCCGGUGUCCUGCAGGGUUUAGCUCCAACUUGCCUCAACACACCUGCUUGAUUGAUUCAAGAAUACCCUGUAAGACCUUGAUUAGCUUGUUCAGGUGUGUUUGAUUAGGGUUGGAGCUAAAAUCUGCAGGACACUGGACCUCCAGGAACAAGUUUGGUGACCCCUGCACUAGAGUUUGUGCAUGCGAAAUCCUGUCGUACUGCGAAUUGGGGCGGGAUUAAACAAGACAUUUAAAAAAGUGAGUGAUUGCUCCAUAUUUAACAUUUCUCUCCAGAGAGGUCAUGUUUUGAUCCUUGAUUGGUCUCACGCCAUCAAGAGAUGCGAUUUCGCAGGUCAGAGUUCACCGAGCUUGAACUUUGCAACACAAUGAACUGCGAAACUUGACAAACGAACUUGUUUCCGGUCUGACGCAUUCACGCAUGUAUGAAUGAAAGUCUAUGGGGAGAAAAGGGCAGUGUGACCGUAGCUUCACUCAACAACAGAGUUAAGUUAAUAAGACAGUGAAAUAAUUAAUUAAGUGAUGACUGAGCACUGAUGAUGAACACCUGCUGUUGUUAAGCAGAAACAGAAGAGAAACACAAAACUACAACUGACUUCAAACAGCAGCAGCAGAUUUACUAACCUGUUUGACUAACAUCUUUGACUAAAAUGUCCCCAAAAAUCCAUAUGUGGUUUAUUGAGAAUUAAGUUUUAGUUAUUUAUGUUUUACAAAAAAAAACAACAACAAAAGAAAGCUUUUUUCUGAUGUCACCAUCGUGGAAAACAGUAGUUGAUAUACUUGGGCUCUUUGACUUGAUUUCUAUCAUUAGUGGUUCUUUGUUUGUUAUGACAAGUAUAAAGAGAGUGAAUAUGAUCAGAUUAAGUUAUCCUGUAUUAAUGUCUAAUGUUUGCAAGUUAAAUUUUACGUAGCAUCAGCUUCGCAAGUUAUUUUAUAACAAUGGUUUAUCACCCAGAAGACUAAACAUUGUGUUUUUCAAGAGAUUAGACCUCAACUGUGGCUUUAUUAAUUUCUUUAAAACACAGUGAGCAUCUCAAUCAAUUUAGAGAUACAGACAUCCAGAAUCAGUGUAUGCAUCUGAAUAAUGGUUAGAGAUUUUUUUUUUUUUAUUACUGCAGUUCACACUAGGUGAGUCAUACAACAUUCAUCCAUAGUUCCCAGCAUGCACUGCAAAAAACCCACCACCUCACCAUUUUUGUGAAGCAUACGCUGAUUAUUUAUGUAUGUGUGUGUUUUUUUUUUUUUUAUAUGUAAGUUGAUGAUAGCAUUGUUGUGUUACUUCUGUGAUAAAAUAUCACUUAAUCUUAGUGGUUUGGCCAGGAACUAAAUCACCACAGAAUCAACUGUCCUAUUCACAUUUGGUUUCUUUGCGCAGUACUUGUCAUAACACUCUAUUUGGCAAUCAAAAGCACAAAUGUUAAAAAUUGAAUUACAGAGCUCAAGUAAAGCAGCUAAUGUUCUCCUCGAUGGUGAUAUCUUACAACACAAAAAGUGGUGUUGUUUUUAUAUUGUUGUAAAAAGUUAUUUAAUCAGUUCAUUCUCGUUAAUAUCACUAUGUGGAAUUUUGUGAAGUCUGGCAGAAAUAAAGCCAAACAGGUUGGUAAUAAGUAAAGCUGCUGUUUGGGGAGUUGUUCAACGAUCCUCUGCUGAGAUUGUGAGAGAUUCAAUGUGUUUCAUUUCAGUUUAUUUGAUCUAAAGCUGUGACUGCAGUCAGUUGUAGUUUUGUGUUUCUCUUCUGUUUCUGCUUAUUAGCAGCAGGUGUUCAUCACCAGUGUUCAAUCAUCACUUAAUUAGUCUCUUCACCGUCUCAAUAACUUUAACUCUGCUGCUGAGUAACUUUUACUCAAUUUAGAUGGGGACCAAAUACACUCUGAACUGAAUAAAUUUUACUCAGAGGAUUUGGCUGUGCACUGACGAGUAGUUUAAAAUAGAAUGAUCAUGAAAUCAUUCACUAACAUUAACAACACUAAAUGAUUUUUUUUAACAAAAUAUAUAAAAAGGAAAAAAAAAGAUUCUGGGAACCCUGUAACGGUCAAUAAUUUCAGUAGGCAAACAGUUUACACAUGCUUUGUAGUGGUUCUAUGAGCUUAUAAAGCAUGUAUAGAAUGGGCGUUAAACUUUGUAAUUGUACAAAUAUCUUGAUCUCAAAAAGCACAUGCACCUCUUCUAUCAGCACGUUUGGAUUUGUACAUGGUUUUCAGAGCAUUGAAGCAUUUUUUAAUUCUCAAACCAAGCUGUGACGCAUGUUCUGGUUCAUGUUUCUAUUGUAAUUUGAAUUGAUUACAGCAGAUAAUCCUUUUUCACAGGGUGUUUGACAAAAUUUGGGAAACAAUCAGAUGCAGAGUUGGCAGCUGGUCUCUUUUGUAAAUAUUUGAGAAGCGUUUACAUUUGAGUUUGAAUAUAACUUUGCUUACAUAAUUACUCUUGAAUUUCGCUGCUGAAGGUGUUCUAAAUUUUUGUGAGCGCACUAAAAGCAAAAUAAAUGUGAAUACAAUUUGA